AUGUGGCGAGUAGUGGUCGCGCGAUCGGACGAGAACAGCACGUUGCUCUCGUCGGAGAUCGGUUCCGGGCCGGUCGGUCCAGUCGGCCCGAAUCACAUAUCCGCCCUUUCCGGGCCGCCACCACCUUCCGGCCAUCAUCACCAUCAUCACUGGGGCUAUCCGCCGCCACCUCAUCCUUCUUAUCAGCCGCAACAUGCCGACGUGGCGUCGCGGCCCUCUCACGACCUCAGGCAACCGAGCACCGCCACCGCCGAUCUCCGACACGAGAUGCACAGGUCCGAUCUCAGGCAUCCUUCCGCCACGUCCGAGAUGCAGCAACGACACCAGCAACCGCCACCGGAACUGCACAGGCCCGAGAUGGCCAGGCAUCAUCAUCAUCAUCAUCAUCAUCAUCAGGACAUGACCGCGGAGAUCAGAUCUAGUCACGAGUUCCCCGAUCUCAAGAUCGACGUCACAGACAUAAGGAGCCAAGAGAACGGGCAACAGCAGCAACAGCAACAACAACAACAGCAGCAACAAACGUCGCAACAGAGCCAAGUUCAUCAACAGAGAAACCUGAAAAGAACUAUGAGCGACUCGGACUGCGACGACGUGUUUUCCGAAGAGAGUGGCAAAGAACCUUGCAACUCGCCGGGCGGCGACUCGUGCCAGCACGCGUCGCGGAAGCGAAGACGAGGGAUGAUCGAGAAGAAACGUCGUGACAGAAUAAACGCGUCGCUGGGCGAGCUGCGAAGGUUAGUGCCGGCGGCAGCGAGAGAUCCUCACAGCGGCAAACUGGAGAAGGCGGAGAUCUUGCAGCUCACGGUCGAGCACUUGCGAACGCUUCGGAACAAAGGUCCCGAAGGAUACGACAGUACGAAGCUAGCGAUGGACUACCACGCGGUCGGCUGGGGCGAGUGCGCGGCUGAGGUCGGCCGCUACUUGGUCACGAUGGAGGGCCUCGACGAGAGGGAUCCACUGAGGUUACGCUUGCUCUCUCACCUGCAGAGCUUUCACCGCGAGCAUCCUCCGUCCGCGGUGGCCUCGGCCGUGCCCCCGGUCACCAGUCUGACGUCGACCUCGACGAGCAGCAGCUACGAGGCAACCACCGGCACCGCCAGCACCGUCUCCGCCGCCGGCAUUCCACCUGGCGCUGGCCCAAUGCCACCGCUACUCGGAUGGGGCCAGUAUUCCGGCCAGUACCCCCAACAACAACACGGCAAACCUUACAGGCCGUGGGGCGCUGAACUGGCCUAUUGAGACACCAUCUAUCCUUAGAUACCGACCAAUUUUUCCCACAUCAUGUUCCCUUUGAAAAAUCGAAAUCCACCGUGCCACCAUUGCUGCAACCUGUGGCAACCUUUUCUUCGUUCCUCGCCCAGUUUUAUUCCCCACUUUCUCCCCCUCCCGGAACACUAUUUUUCUACGGUGUAAUACGGUACGUUACGUACGAUAGUCAUGCGAGUACCUAAUAACUAACUCCUAAAAAAAGAUGUUAUUUAUACGUAUACAUAAUGUAUAUUCGAUUCGACGCGACUGACGCCGCGAUUGUACAAUUUGUACAUACACUCACUUGUAUACUAACUUAAAACGUGUAUCUAUCUAUUGUAAAU